UACAUAAAGUUUCGGUGUUUAGCAAAUACCGAAAAAGCACGUUUAUUAUUUCUAAGAAUUGUGGAGAUAAUCGUACGCAAAUACGUGAGACAAAUUGUUUCUUAGACAACAUAACCACAAAAACAAAUAUACUCGUUAAUUAAACAUCACCAGUAACAUACACAUAUGUAUGUACGCAUAAAAUGUGGUUCAAUAAAGGGUGUAAUCGGUUUCUAAAACAUCAACGAUUUCAAACACAAAUUUUGUUUAAAAAACGAUAUACACAAAGUGAUGUAAACACAAUACAACAAAUUCCAGAACCUGAGUAUAAUAUAGAGUUUUUGUGUAAUCCAUCAAAUCGGGAUAUUAUUUUGAAUAACAUAAUAAAAAGGAAAGGUAUUGGAAAUAUUGACAAAGUUCUUGAGUAUUCACAAAAGCCCAAAUUAAAAGAAUCUUUUUUGUAUGAAUUAAGUAAAAUCCCAAAUCAGACGGAUCCAACUAUAUUGUCUUAUGGUAAUGAACCGCAGGUAUUAAAGAAAUGUGGAUGCAAGCCAGAAUUUGAUUUUGAAUUACAAGAAUUUUUACCGUUGGUUAAAAAAUUAAAAUUACUGAGAAAUGAAGCCUUAGGUCCCUUGGUAGGACAAAGAGGUUAUAUAUUCGUAGGAGAUUUGGCAGAAUUGGAAGAAGCAUUGGUUCAUUAUACAGUUAAUGAAUUAGUAAAACAUGGUUUCAAACUUGUUUCAGUACCUGAUAUUAUUCCUACUAAAGUUAUAGAGAGAUGUGGAUUAAUAUCAGAUAAUGAACGAACUCUAGUAUAUACUUUAAAUUCUUCCUAUGGAGAUAAUUACAGUUUAUCCGGAACAUCAGAAAUGGCAUUAGCCUACAAAAUAAUGAAUACUACAUUUUCCAUUGAUGAUUUGCCAUUAAAACUAGCUGCUGUGAGCAGAUGUUUUAGAGCAGAAACAUCUAGUACCAUAAAUGAAAGAGGAAUAUAUAGAGUUCAUCAGUUUACGAAGGUUGAGAUGUUUGUGUGUUCAGAGCAAGAAAAAUCUAUGGAAGAAUUUCAGAAUCUUCAAGCGAUACAAGAAAAUUUAUUUUCUUCUUUAAAUUUACAUUUUAAAAUAAUUGAUAUGCCACCUUGUGAUUUAGGAGCUCCUGCAUAUAGAAAAGUUGAUAUGGAAGGUUGGAUGCCUGGAAGACAAUUAUAUGGAGAAUUAUCUAGUUGCAGUAAUUGUACAGAUUAUCAAUCACGACGACUUAGUAUAAAAUACAAAGCAAGAAAUGGAGAAGUCUUGCAUGUUCAUACAUUAAAUGGAACUGCAUGCGCAAUUCCCCGUAUGUUAAUUGCACUUUGUGAAACACAUCAAACAAAACAUGCUCGCAUUAAAAUUCCUGAAAUAUUAAUACCGUACAUGAGAGGAAAAACACUUAUCAGAAAACAACCAGUUGCAGCCAUGAGAAUCUAUAAAUACAAGCAAAAACUUUAGUGCAUCGACGUACAUGUAUAUUUCGUCGUAACACAAAUACAAUUUCUAUAAAUGUUCAGAAUAUUUAAAAUUGUAAUCAUAUUUUUUUUAUUGUAUUUAUAGAAAAAAUGUGUAAAUAUAAAAGAAUAAGUAUAAUUUAUCUGAACAGUAUAUAUAUAUAUAUAUAUGUAUUAUGAACAAAUUCAAGUCAGCCAGUGAAUAAAGUUCAGCCGUUUGUUUAAUUUUCUUUAAAUGAAUGUUAGUUAUGAUUUUGUUGCUAAUAUAAAAACAUAAAGUCACAAUUGUAUUUAGAAAAUUACUAAAUUGAAAUAUUUAUAAUUACAAAAUUGUUCAACUUGUCCCAGAAAAAUAGGGUUUACUAAAACUUCAAACAUUAAACACCACCUGACAAUAUAUUUUCUAUAAACUAAUACAAUAUUCUUAUACAAAGAAAGAGGGUCUGAAAAUUAUACAUACAUAGGGAUAAAGAUCUAUUCUUUGAUAACCUUUUUUUUGUUAUUCUGUAUAUAUUUUGUAGCGGUGUUAUACAAACGUAACACAAAAUAUUUUUUCUUAAAGUAAUACAAUUUGAAGACAUUGCAAAUUUACAAUUUAUCUUCCAUACUAA